GCAGCAAGGCUGGAUAUAUCAAGAUUUGGAAGACAAUCCUACCUAUUCGAAUUCCACUUCAAGAAAGUCCAACGGAUCACAUAUGGAAUUUGCUUUCUUUGACUAUGGAAAUAAUAUUCUCAGGUUUUUCUGCAUGAAAAAUAGCACUACCGCUCAUUCAAGGCCAUGGCCUAAAGGUGAAUAUUGCGUUUACAAGAGUAACAACCAAUCUUGUCCCCCGGGCAUGACGCCAGGAUGGGUGUUCUGGGAUGAUGAAAAUGAAAGUCCCCAAACUAAAGUUGGAAGAGUUUCGCCGGAUGGCUCAUAUGUCAAUAAUACCAAGAUUUUUUACUGUUGUCAGAAUGAUGGAAAUUACUAUGAUUCGAUCGAACUACCAGUCGAAGAACCGUUUUAUUUAUUAACAACCAACUCCACCGAGCUUCCUAAAUGUCAGAUGGUCAAGUGGGCGUUUAGUUACUUGGAGUAUCUUGUUUUUGAUACAGAGAAUGACAAUAAUAGCGAUAGUCAGGGUGGCGACCACGUGUUCAUUGAAAAUAAUACCGUGUACUAUUGUUACUACAAAGAUUGCCGUCAUCGAAUGACCGCUUCCAGGGAUUCCUUUUACUCACAUAAAGCAUCAGGCAGUGAAAUGGAGCGACACUCGCAAUAUUGCUCCUGGUUAAUUACGGUUGCUGAUCAAUACGUAAUUUCUUUGGAAUUCAAAAGUUUGGUUGUACUUAGCUGUAAUGAUACAUUUCUAAGAAUAUACGAUGGUGCGAACGAGUCAGCUCCGUUGUAUGGCACAUACUGCGGGUCAAAUGCAAGCAAAGAAGUCAAGGUUUUAUCACAUACAAAUAGUUUGUAUAUCGUAUCAAAUUCUGGAAACCCUGAAAGAGAUGCUAAGAACAUCGCUACAGUAACUUUUAAAGCCAGCUACUCUUCCGAAAACCGGACAGAAAAAUCUACCAAAGAUAAAAGUUCACAAACUUUUACUAAUCUUGAAGGCAAGUGAGAUUUUUUUCUUUACAAACGUAUU